UUUUAACCUGCUCGUCGAGUUUACUGCACGUUCUACACCUGAGAAAUUGCUUUCAAGUGACCACAUGGUGAAAAUCAACUGCAUAAUUACCUGGCCGAAGAAACGACAGUACACCGAUCGACAGUGACCAAUCGAGUGAUACGAUAUAUACACGCGGGUGUCCCGCGCACAGGAAGCAAAUCUACAUACCGACGAACAUGUUUGUGAUCUUAUCGAGAAGACAAUGGGUGACAGUGAGGAAUCAGCUGAUCGUUUAGGGGCGCCACGCUCUUAGCCUUUCUCGCGCGCGCUUUCUAUCUGCUUCUCUCUCUCUUUCUCUCUCUCUCUCUCUUUCUUCUCCUUCCUUCCUUCCUUCACCCCCCCCCCCCUCUGUGUCUCUCUUUCCUUUCCUCUUGACUCGUAGGAGACUCCUCUUCCCUUGACGCAUACACAGUAGCAACCGCCGACUAUGUUUGAUUUUCCCGCCAACGAAACCACGCUCCAACUAUAUGUGUUUCCUCGAUCGGUUGCCACGAUCAGUUAUCAGUGUAAGUUGUACAUUUCGUACGGAGUUUCUCAUGUCGAGAUGAAACAGUGCGAGAAAGAUUCGUUGGAAUCGUGCAGCAGAUGGAGGAAUUGCAUCGGAGAGGUUCAACUCGUAAUAUGAUCGGAGAACAGCGCCGUUCAAGAUAGUGUCGAAGGGGUGGCAUUGUUCACGAUACGUGCGUGGCCGAGUGCGUGCGUGCAUGGAAGAGAAAAACGAGCGCAAGAUCUUGCGGUACGAAGGAGAACGAGGCGGAGCAAGGUGGCUCCGCUAACGGCACGAGCGGCGGUGAAAAAAUGUCGAGAGCCGCGGACAGUCCUGAUGGGAUGGCUUUGCAGUCGCACUAUUCCUUACGAUGGAACAAUCAUCAGACACACAUACUUCAAGCAUUCGAGGCGUUGCUACACGCGGAAAUACUCGUCGACGUGACCCUGGUCUGCGCGGAGACCAGCCUCAGGGCUCACAAGGUUGUCCUUAGUGCUUGCAGCCCAUUCUUCGAAAGGAUAUUUGCGGAGCACCCCUGCAAACAUCCGGUGAUUGUGCUAAAGGACUACCCCGGCCACGAAAUAGCGGCGCUGAUCGACUUUAUGUACCGUGGCGAGGUGAGAGUCGGUCGCGAGGAACUUCCAGGACUGAUGAGAGCCGCGGAAAGUCUGCAAGUGCGUGGCUUAACCUCAUCGGAACCGAGGCCAACGUCACCGCCGGAAACACCGACCGCUGAUCUUCUCUUAGGCGAGCCGUCGACACCCGAAGGCGCCAGGCAAGAAACUCCGGAGGAGGAUGACAACGCGUCGGAAAGCACGGCGACGCCGUCCACGCGAGAACCAUCGCUGGCAACGACGCCCAUUGUUUUUCACCCAGCGAGGGACCACCGUGACAGGUUACCGCAUAUGAGCCUUGGAUUGCGCGAGUUGCGCGAGUUGCGCGAGAUUUGCGGAUCGCCUCUUCUACCUCGGCGAAAACAGGCACGCCCUCGAAGGAGAUCCGGUGAGUUGGUGCCGCAAGAUCUUAGCCGGCCUCAUCCACCGCUGAGCCUUAGCCCGCUGGCCGGUGGUUUGAACCUGAUCAGUAGCCUACAGCCGCAACAGCAACAACAGCAUCACCAACAGCUGUCCACAUCGAGGUCGCAGAACCAACAACAACAGCAAGAAGAUAUGGCGGAGAACCUUUCGAUGAAAAGAACGUUGUCGCCGAACGGAGCCGAUCAACACAACGUAAAAGCGGAGAGCAGUGAAGCGGCGAGUAGUCCAAGGGGAUCACCGUUAACCGGCACGAGUCUGCUCCACCCGGACGGUUCCCUUCAAGAUAUUCCCUCAGCUGCGGCAGCAGCGGCGGCGGCAGCCGCAGUAGGUUUGCCGACCAUGUCGGGUUUAUCACUAACGCCGCCGCAUCAUCACAGCGAGUACCUGACGAGCCUGGGCCAAUUAGCGGCCCAGUGGUUACCGAAUCAUCCACAGAGCCAACUGCCACAUUCAUCAUCUCAGAGUCAUCAUCCGCAGGAUGGCAGUCCGCACAGAUCUAAUAGAAUACAUUCGUAUCAACGGCCGGAGCAACAACAGCAACAACAACAACAACAGCAGCAACAAGAAUCUCCGCUGACAGUACGGCGAAGUUCCGUUACGGCCAUGUUCCCGUUGGAUGGUGUCGCAUCGUUAGGUGGUGGACUGUUUCCUCACGCAGGUGCUCUCGAGAGGGGAUCCCUUUUAGCGGAUCUUCACGAUAAUUUUAAACCGGAAACGCUGCACGGGCUUUUCGGCGCGGCUGGUCUGAGCGGUCAUCUCUCGCCGAAAAAGCCAAAGAGACACAGAGGCGACAGUGACCCACCGCGCAGAUGGGCCGAGAAUAGUCGGGUGCCUAUAGGAAGGCCGAAGGGUCAGCACAGCGCACCCAGAGGUGGACCUCCUAGGUCUUGGACGAACGCGGAACUGACCGAGGCGCUGCAACACGUUUGGAACAAGAAAAUGACCACGUCGCAAGCGAGCAGGAUCUUCGGUAUACCGUACAACAGCCUAUUGAUGUACGUGCGAGGGAAAUACGGGAAAAGUUUGAAACUCGAGCAAUUGAGAAGGGACUGCACGGGCUCGACGACGGGCGAAGUAGUAAUGAAUUCGUUGAACAACAACGUUAAGGCCGUCCAGCCGCCGACGCAAAUGAGCCUUCCACUCGCCGGUCUACCACCGCAUCCGGGCGAAGACGGUGGAUUUCCUCAUCAUUCGUCGUUGCUCGGCGGUAAUCUACCACAGGGUUUCUUUCCUGACUUUUCAGCUGCGUUCCCAGUGCCGGUUAGUAUGGUGCAUUUACUUCCACCGAGCGAACAAAAGGCUUUCGAACCCCCGGCGAAUCCCGGCAGCAGCAGCGGCAACAGCGGCGGCGGCGGCGGCGGCGGCGGCGGCGGUGGCGGCGGUGGCGGUGGCGGUGCUAGUAGCAGCGCCGGUGAUCUCUCCAUCGCACGGAGCAGUCGAUCGCCGUCACCAAUCGAUCAUCAUCAUCAUCAUCAUCAUCCUCACGAGUCGCUGCAACCGCCACAGUCGGCGCCCGCGCUACUACAGCAAAGCGGUUCGGAUUAGAAGAGAAUGUUUUACGCGUGACAUCAGACAGCGCGGUCACACACCGAUCAUUGUCAUCGUUGAAGGACCACGGACGCGUAGAUGUCCGAUCUAAAGCAGCCAUCCCUUUGAACGAUUUCUCGACAACACACGCACACGUGACACGUCAAUACUUACAUAUAAACGAACAGAAGAACACGCCGCGUGCCACCGAUUUCCCCCCGCGAAAGGUUGUUCUAUUCUCACAAGACUGACUAUCGCCACACCAUUUACCAGUUUGUUCCCGGGGUUGAGCUCGACGGACAUUCCACCCUGCCCACGGUUCACGCUUAUAACCAAUCGCUGUCACCGCUAACCCAUUCUUCCUCUUUUCUAUAUGUUUCCCCGCCGACCUCCCUUUGUCCGUCUUUCUCCGUCAGCAAAAAAUAUCGACGUCGCUUUCCUUUGUCCGUCAAUCGCGAAACGCCAGACUCAGUCAAGCGUGCCGGCGAAAUUCUCUCUCGCGAGAGUCGUCUUGUUCCCUCCUCGGCUUGUGUCUUCUUUCUUGAUUAAAUUAGUGACUUGUCCGGAGAGAAGAGACAGCUCGAGCGAAGAAGAGAGUCG